UACUAUCUUACAUUUAAAGCGAACGUUAUCAAUCAUAGAUGGCGACGAGACGAGUUUGUCGGUGUGUUUUUGUAUACUUCGUAACGUGAAAUGUCAGGCAUGAAAUAUCAAGUUCAAUAAAAUACGAAUAAAACAUGAAAAUUUCUACUCGUACACGAUAAAUCUGUUUGUAAUUUCUUCGUUUUAUGUGGUGUUUCAUUUUUAUUAGUCGCAAAUCGAAAGUAAAUUAUACCCCUAUGUACGAUUACUGUUAUGUAAAAUAAACAUAUGACCAAUAAACUCCAAUGAUAUUUUCUACUAUAAUUACUUUUAAUUCUAUUGAAUUUUAUUAUUAAGAAUUCCAACUGUAGAAAGUUGACAAGAAGUUGUAAUUAUGGAAACUGCUCAAACUUUAUAUCUUAACCUCUUUGGUGAAGAUAAGAUUCAUGUUUUAAAGGAAUUGCUGCAUGCUUGCGCAGAUGAAAUAUGUGGAAGACCAGGACCGACCUAUCAUAAAUUUGUAAACAGUAUGGACUGGAGUAGGGCAGAGUACGAAGAAACAUACAAAUUAAUAUCGAUGCUUCUAAGAAAUCCAGCCUCUUUGUAUUUACUGGAAGAGAAGAUGCCACAAGAGUAUCACGAAUUACCAGAACCGAUUCAACAGAAUAUAUUGUCCUGUUUAAAAGUGAGAAGAGAACAAUUGACGGAUGCUCUGUUAAACAGGUACUCUAAAGAGAAACAAGAUACCGUAACAGAUUUUGACUGGAGGUUAAAGCUUGUAAUGGGCUCUAGCAAAUUAGCAUCAUUGAGAGAACCUCUUCUUCAGUUAGACCUCAUUCUCGAAAAUAAGGAAUCGAAACGUAUCUUAGACUUGGAAUUAAACAAGGAUGAACUGGAUACGUUCAUAAACGCAAUGGAAAGUAUUGUACAAUAA